CAAAGGCCAGCGGGUAGUCGAGGCCGCGGCCCGAGGUGGGGUUAGGCCGCGCGCGCGCGUGUGCGUGCGUGCGUGCAUGCGUGCGUGGGCGCGGUCCACAGCACGCCGUGCGCGAGGCGGAUGUCCGGGCCGGCUGGGCCGGGGCCGCGGACGAGAUGGCGGAAGGUGGAGGCUGCCGUGAGCGACCGGAUGCGGAGACCCAGAAAUCGGAGCUCGGGGCCUUGAUGAGGACCACGCUCCAACGAGGGGCGCAGUGGUAUCUUAUUGACAGCCGGUGGUUCAAGCAGUGGAAGAAGUAUGUGGGCUUCGACAGCUGGGAUAUGUACAAUGUGGGUGAACACAAUCUGUUUCCUGGCCCAAUAGAUAACUCUGGACUCUUUUCAGAUCCGGAGAGUCAGACCUUGAAAGAACAUUUAAUUGAUGAAUUGGAUUAUGUAUUGGUCCCAACCGAGGCCUGGAAUAAAUUACUCAACUGGUAUGGCUGUGUAGAAGGCCAGCAGCCCAUUGUCAGAAAAGUUGUGGAGCACGGCCUGUUUGUCAAACACUGCAAAGUGGAGGUAUAUUUGCUGGAACUGAAGCUCUGUGAGAACAGUGACCCCACCAAUGUGCUGAGUUGCCAUUUCAGCAAGGCAGACACCAUUGCAACCAUCGAGAAGGAGAUGCGGAAGCUGUUCAACAUCCCUGCUGAGCGUGAAACACGGCUGUGGAACAAAUACAUGAGCAACACUUACGAGCAGCUGAGCAAGCUAGACAACACUGUCCAGGAUGCGGGGCUGUACCAGGGUCAGGUGCUAGUAAUUGAGCCCCAAAAUGAAGAUGGCACAUGGCCAAGGCAGACCUUGCAGUCAAAAUCAAGCACUGCACCUAGCAGAAAUUUUCCUACCUCUCCAACAUCAUCAAGUCCCUAUUCCUCAGUGUCUGCCUCUUCCAUUGCAAAUGGUGAUAGCACUAACACCUCUGGGAUGCACAGUUCCGGUGUCAGCAGGGGUGGAUCUGCCUUCUCUGCUUCGUAUAAUUGUCAGGAGUCCCCAUCGUCUCACAUACAGCCUGGGCUCUGCGGACUUGGAAACCUGGGGAACACUUGCUUCAUGAACUCUGCUUUACAGUGCUUGAGCAACACCGCACCACUGACUGACUACUUUCUCAAAGAUGAGUAUGAGGCUGAGAUCAACAGAGACAAUCCUCUGGGAAUGAAAGGGGAAAUUGCAGAAGCCUAUGCAGAGCUCAUUAAACAGAUGUGGUCUGGAAGGGAUGCUCACGUGGCACCUCGCAUGUUCAAAACCCAAGUGGGACGUUUCGCCCCUCAGUUUUCUGGCUACCAGCAACAAGACUCUCAGGAGUUGUUAGCCUUUCUUCUAGAUGGAUUGCAUGAAGAUCUGAACCGUGUAAAGAAGAAGCCCUACCUGGAGCUGAAGGAUGCCAAUGGGCGGCCAGAUGCGGUGGUGGCAAAGGAAGCCUGGGAGAAUCACAGGUUGAGGAAUGACUCUGUGAUUGUGGACACAUUCCAUGGCCUCUUCAAAUCUACUUUGGUUUGCCCAGAAUGUGCUAAGGUUUCUGUGACCUUUGACCCAUUUUGCUAUCUAACUCUCCCACUGCCCCUGAAGAAAGAUAGAGUUAUGGAGGUCUUCCUGGUUCCUGCUGAUCCUUGCUGCAGACCUACUCAGUACCGCGUGGUUGUGCCGCUGAUGGGGGCUGUGUCUGACCUGUGCGAGGCUCUCUCCAGGCUGUCUGGCAUUGCUGCAGAAAACAUGGUGGUCACAGAUGUAUAUAAUCACCGGUUCCACAAAAUUUUCCAAAUGGAUGAAGGUUUAAACCACAUCAUGCCUCGGGAUGACAUUUUUGUGUACGAGGUCUGCAGCACCUCCGCUGAUGGCUCUGAGUGUGUCACACUUCCAGUCUACUUCAGGGAAAGGAAGUCCAGGCCGUCGAGCACUUCUUCCGGGGCAGUGCUGUAUGGACAGCCACUGCUGGUUUCUGUUCCCAAGCACAAGCUAACCCUUGAGUCUUUGUACCAGGCUGUUUGUGAGCGUAUCAGCCGCUAUAUAAAACAGCCUUUGCCUGAUGAGUCUGGCAGCUCGCCCUUGGAGCCGGGGGCCUGCAAUGGCUCCAGGGGCAGCUGUGAAGGAGAAGAUGAAGAAGAAAUGGAGCAUCAGGACGAAGGCAGAGAGCAACUUUCAGACACAGAAGGCAGUGGGGAGGACGAGCUGGGAAAUGACUGCGGGGAGACCACCCAAAAGAAGGUCAAAGGCCAGUCCUGCCCGAAAAGGCUUUUUACCUUCAGCCUCGUGAAUUCCUAUGGAACAGCUGAUAUAAAUUCCCUUGCAACUGAUGGAAAACUACUUAAACUCAAUUCUCGAUCCACACUGGCCAUCGAUUGGGACAGUGAGACCCGGAGCCUUUAUUAUGAUGAGCAAGAAUCUGAGGCCUAUGAGAAACACGUGAGCAUGUUGCAGCCUCAGAAGAAGAAGAAGACCGCGGUGGCGCUGAGAGACUGCAUCGAGCUCUUCACCACCAUGGAGACCCUUGGGGAGCAUGACCCCUGGUACUGUCCCAACUGUAAGAAGCAUCAACAGGCCACAAAGAAGUUUGACCUGUGGUCCUUGCCGAAGAUCCUGGUGGUCCACCUCAAACGUUUCUCCUACAAUAGAUACUGGAGGGAUAAGCUCGACACCGUUGUGGAAUUCCCCGUCAGAGCUCUGAACAUGUCCGAGUUUGUGUGUGACCUGUCAGCAAGGCCUUAUGUGUACGACCUCAUUGCCGUGUCUAAUCAUUAUGGAGCCAUGGGGGUUGGCCACUACACCGCAUACGCGAAGAACAAACUGAACGGGAAAUGGUAUUAUUUUGAUGAUAGCAAUGUGUCCCUGGCCUCCGAGGAUCAGAUAGUGACAAAAGCAGCUUACGUGCUAUUUUACCAACGUCGAGAUGAUGAAUUUUAUAAGACACCUUCACUCAUCAGUUUUUCUGGAUCCUCUGAGGGAGGGACGAGCCCAAGCAGCUCACAGCAGGGCAUGGGGGACGAUGAGGCUUGCAGCAUGGACACCAACUGAUGCUGUCUCCGUGACUCUGCCACCCCACAGCACCAGUGUAAUCCCCCAGGAGAACAGCUUUGACACUCUGGAGACUUCUAGUCUAAAAACCAGAUGAGGAAAUUCCCUUUUAUGAGCAGAAGAAAAAAAAAAGAAAAGACCCUGUUUGCUCAGAAGGGUUAUGUCAAGAGGCUGAAUUAUUUUUCUUUUUAUGCAGGUGGUGAGAAAUUUCUUGUAAGACCUGUGGAGCUGCAAAGUAGGGGUGGGGGGUGCACAGUGGAGUAAGUCCUGUGAAUUCCAAAGAAUGGAGAGGAACAGUAAUGGAGUAUGGUGGCCGUGAAGACAGACAUGCAGGAGGCUGCCCUGAGCUCCUGGAUUUCUUAUUCUGGUGCUGAUUACUGGUCACCCCAGCAGUCUGCCCGCAGUAAACCAAGCCUCAAGUUCA